AUGGCCAGCCCUGCCAGUCGAGUCAGGCAGUUUGGCCUGACGCCGGUCUACACCUCACCCGACCCCCAGGUGGACAUCGUCUUUGUUCACGGGCUGAACGGACACCCCUACAGCACCUGGGCCACCAACCCGCAUAAUGAGCAAGGCCUCCCUAGUGUCUACUGGCCGACGGAUCUCCUCCCCGAGGCCCUGGCGUCGAGUCGGGUACGAAUCUUGACCUACGGUUACAAUGCGAAUGUGGCCUCCUUUACCGACAGCGUCUCUAACAAUCGCAUUCAUCGCCAUGCGGAAACGCUUGCCUCGAGCCUUGCCGCGAACCGGUAUCUGCGAGACUGUCUAUAUCGCCCCAUCAUCUUCGUUUGCCACUCCCUUGGGGGCCUGGUCGUCAAGCGCGCUCUGAUCUACUGUAAGAACAUCGCGAACGAACGAACCGAACAUCUGCGAUCCAUCUGGGUCUCCACCUACGGAAUCCUCUUCCUGGGUACCCCUCACACUGGAUCAGACGUCGCCAAAUGGGAACUGCUACUGCAAAACAUCUGUACGGCCCUAACGCCUAAGAAGUUGCUCGACUCGUCCUCUACCCUAAUAGAGUCACUUAAAACAAACAGCGAGAACCUACAGAACAUCAACUCGCUCUUCUCCCAGGACAUACGCCGUUUCCGCAUCUACUGCUUUCACGAAACCGUGGAAACUAAUGUCAAGGGCUCCCAGGAGUUGAUUGUGGACGAGGCUUCGGCUGCGCCCCCAGCAGAAGGGGUCGAGCGGAUGGGAAUCGAGGCGGACCAUCGUCAUAUAUGCAAGUUCGACAAUGACUCUUCGCCGGGGUAUGAGGCCGUUGCAGAGGCGCUUCUACGCUACUCCCAGCAUGCCCCUGACACGAUUGCAGCGCGUUGGACCGAGGAGAAUAAAACUCGCGCUCUCAUGAAGGAGAAGGCGAGGGAAAUAUUUGCCCCAAAUGAACGAGAGGCUGUUUUGGCAAACAGUUCACAAAAUUUCGUCGCGUCCAAUCUCUCUGGCUGUGUACCCACACCUGGUGACCGAGUGGAAAUAACGACCUCCCCUGACGCUCCACCAACGCUGCUAAUAGCACCCCCAGGGUUCCAUCCGAAUGCCGUCUUCUACGGGAUGCAAAAGGAGCUCGAGGUACUCCACAAUCGGUUGUAUAAAGCGAGGACACGAUCCAACCGACUGAUGGCUGUCCUCAUCACCGGGGUUCCUGGUUCGGGGAAGUCCCAUCUGGCCCGACAAUAUGUCUGGAAUAGUCGCGAGUGCUACCCGGGAGGAAUCUUCUGGAUUGAUGCAAAGUCCACUGAGUCAGUUUUGAAGUGCUUCUGGGAUAUUGCGGAGAAGGCCAUGUUGAUAGAGAGCCCUGACUACCAUCUCCCAGACUUGACCAACUCUCAGAAGAUUGUAGGCGUUGUCCGCAACUGGUUCGAGUCGCGUGAAGGCUGGCUUAUUGUCUUUGACGGCGUAUUCUUCAGGCAAGAAGAGGAUAUCAAUACCUUCCGACAAUUUCUGCCUUUCAAGGAAAAGUGCAGCAUCAUAUAUACCUCUGUGGACAAGACACUGCGAAAGAAACAGCGAUUAUACGAGCCUUACUGUCUUCAGAUCUCUCCUCUCCAAGAAGAGGAUGCACGCAAGCUUUUAUUCAAGGACCUGGGUAUCAGGAGCCCCAACCCCCAGCAGAUCCGCAAAGCAACCGAAAUAGUGAAUCACUACGAAUGCCUUCCACUGGCGAUUCGUGCUAUGGGCCAUCGCCUCUGUAGCACAGGAAAGCCACUUGAAAGUUACUCUAUUGAGUCUCAUCUCAUGGACAAGAAACUCUCCGAGCCGUUCCUGAGCAUCAUGCACGAUCUCUACCGAAUGGGCCAUUUUAAAGCGUUCAACCUGAUCAACCUACUAUCUUUCUUUGAUCAUCAUGUUCCUGUGAGACUGAUUGAACUUGGGAUGUCCUCCUUGGAACAACGCAACGUGGACAUUUUAACCAGCCCUGGGCCGGGGGAACGCGGGGAUAUAGACACCACGUUGGGGAUACUGAUCCGAUACGGACUAAUUGAACGGACCUCCGAUGCAUAUGCCUUGCAGGAAAAGGCUGUUCCUCUCCGGUCUGAAAGGGAUACCCUCCUUGAUAGGAAGGCAGUAGGCGGCAAGUCGUGGGAAUGGCAAACGGAGAGCAGUCAGGGGGCUUUGCUUCCCACCCACAACAAUUCCGGGUCUAUUGAUAUAAUCAAGAUCCACAGUGUUGUACAAGGAUUCUGCCAAGCUGAACUGAAGACAAUGGAUCGCGAAAUGGGCACCCCCCGAGCCGCUGAUUCGGGGGGUUCGGCUAAUUCUUAUCAUUCUUGGCUUGUGGUGGCUAUUCUUGUAUUCUGUACGUCGUACGAAAACGCGAAGAAGAGGAUGAACCAUUACGACGAUUACGGGAUGGUGAAGGACCUCCGAGAAUAUGAGACCCAUGCAUCUCGAUUGGCUAGUUGUUUCCGAAAGCGAACUCAUGAAUCGGCGGCGCUUCGUCAGGCUGGCGAGGAGCUCCGGCAGGCGAGGAGGAGCAUUCGCAAAGAGAUCCGUCGGAUUUCACCCAGCUCGUCGCCGGAAUCUGCCCCGGAUGAUGGUCCGUCAAGACAACUUACAUGGGAUCUGAAUGAACCCCAAGAAAUGCCUAAUCUGCCACACAACUUCAACCCGGGGCUGUCCGUCUCUCAUAAAUCCCUUCGUUCCGGUGCAGAGAAAGAAGAGAUCGGGUAUGAAACUGACGCAGAGAGCGACAAGACGUUUCCUCGUAUCUCGCCCGUUCCAUCUCAUACGAGCAACAAAGUAGAGCAGCCGAAGUCGUCCCAAGCUUCUAGUCAGUAUCAGACGGAUGAACAGAGCUGGCAUGUUGUGCAUAAAGCCUACAGGCCGAAGAAGAAUAAGGAAAAGCAGCGGAUGCAGCGAUUGAUGUUUCCGCGCAACACCCCGCCACCGAUACUGGCCGAGCCUACCCUGAAACUAGAGACGGCGGAAGGCAGAGGAGCAUCAAGUGGCAGGGUAUCAUUAUCAGCAUCAGAGGCUUUGGCUGCUGUACAUAAUGCAAACCCUCCUCAGCCCCGAGAUCAUUUGGCCAAGAUGGCAGCAGGCCGCCAGGAUCGGACUGUAGAUAGGGAUGACCUGCUGGAAAAGCUUCAAACUAUCGGAUACGAUAUUGAGGAGAUACAUAAUCUUCUAGUGGAGAACAAGCGGGACUCGCCCUGGAUAUACUUUGAGCCUACUGUGAUCUCCCCGCCCGCGAUGGGGGUGAACAGACACAUCAAUCAGUGUUCUCAUCGUCUUCGAGUAACUCAAGACCACAUAUUGACAGACCCAUCACUGACAUUACCACCAAGGGUCGGUUUGGGAGCAGACGAUCGGGAGGAUAUUAUCAAGCUUGUUGAGGAGCUCUGUGGUAUAGGCGGAAUCCGUCCAAACACUCGAAUACUGAGUGAUUGGGUCGGAACUGCGAAGUUUUCCCACGAGGCAAACGCAAUAGCGGUGGAAUACCCAUUGCCAACAGUUGCCAGGCGCGUAUCUUUGACCAACGCCGAUGUAUCGGGGGUCAGCCGUGCUCUUGACAAUGUCCGUUUUGCCGCUGGAUAUCUCCAGGAAAAUAGCCUGUGCUGCGAGUCCUUUACCGUGGUCAGAUACCGAAAGUGUGAGACGAAUGCAGACAGGGGAGAUAUCGUGUCUGUGGAUUUCCAACUUGUGGUCAACCUUACUGCAGCAUUGGAGAAUGUCAAGAACACAGAGACUCCGUUGGCAACUUCCAAUCUUUUCGAGGAAUCUCUUGCAAUUCUUAAGCUGGUCCUGCCUGACUCGGGGCGCCAUGAGGACGACGAGUUGGACGCCGAUGCCUGCCUUCAUUUCGGCGCGCUGGCCGUCCAGUUUCUCUCUCUUGGGCUGCUGUCAUACAUCCAAGCCCAUAUUGGCCCCAUUGAGCCUUUUUUCUUGGACACGCCCGUACACCGAGCAACUCUCCUGGGGACAGGCCAGCAUAGACCGUAUCCACACUUGAUGGCAAAGCUGGUCAACAUCAGCUGCCUGGGCGGAAUGACCCGUGGGCCAAUUUGGAUGUUUUCCAACGGCCAAGAAGAGUAUGAUUCCGACACCCGGACAAGUGAGAGGUGCGAUAUAGUGGGCCAUAUAGAUGACAUCAUAGAUACAUGGGGUCCGGGGAAUCUGAUAUAUCGAAGGGAUAAUCCAGGCUUUCCCGUCGCGGUUCAAAUAGGUGGCGGGUUCAUCUUCGCAGGCGAGGAUGCCACAUACCACUGGGCCCGAGAAAUUGACGAGUCGGCCAUAUUACGUGAAAUCAACCCACUCGAGCCGAUUCGAGUUGGCGCGUUAACUUCAAUCAAUGCUGACUGCCGACUUGAUGAGGAAGCCUGUCGGAGGCAGUCGGCCAAUGUGCUAGAAUAUCUCGGGACGAGCACUGCUUCGUGGGUCAAGUCCCAGCGGCAAAUAGGACUCCAGGGAGGGCAGUACGUUGUUGGCCAGUUUCUUGACACUUGGAAUAAACAGCGUGGGGUUUCGGUGAAAGAGGUGGCACUUGCAAUGUCGGCUGAGGGUCUUAUUCAGUAUAUGGAUGAGUACUGGGGUGUGCAGGUGAGCUACUGUACCGGGGUAGCCAGGCGAGUUCUUCUUCGGACACUCAUAUCAGACCUGUUGCGGACUUUCCCAGGGGGCACCGAGCCUGAAGUCCAACGGUUCGAGGCUGCACUGCGCAAUAGUCCAUGCCAACUGGAUGACUUCCUCCGAAAUAUAUCCCCCGACUCACGCCAACGGAUCCUGCAUAUCGUCCGCACUAUUCUCGACACUCUUCAAUAUACUGGAUUAGAUUCCACGGACAGGUAUUUCUGUAUCGCUUGGCCUUUUCGGGGAGAAGUCUCACGCUGCUUCAAAGUGCCACUGGAAGGACACAGCUCCUGGGCACGAAUUCUAGCCGACUCCCAUGACACCGCCACCUUUGCUUACAUCACAAUGGACUGUCUUGAAACAGACACUGUCAAGUGUAGAGAGCUUUGCUGUGAUGAUAUGUACUUGCUGGAAACCGCUGUUACUCGCACAGUACGUGAGGACCAAGGCCAGUGGAUGAUGAAGGACGAAGAAGUGUACUACUUUUCUAAGCUGGACAGCAUUAUUUGGGUAAAGGUACAGCGGCACUGUGACAGCCAGCCUGCAAACCUCAUUGAGCUGAUGUCUAUGGAGUCCUUGACGCGUGGAAUCCGGCAGCGGCUGUAUAUGAGCGAGAAGAAAAAGCAACGAAGCCGGUUGCGAGAAUGUCCCACUGCUUGGACUGACGGGGAGCCAGUUUCGGUGUCGUCCGCACGACGCAACCCAUAG